AUUUUGCUAUAAUAUCUGAGCUAAUUUGUGAUAUUACGCCUUUUUAAUACUGUGGAUCUCUGCUGUCACACACUUGUGCAGUCGCGAUUGCGUGAUCACGUGGUACAGACACGCUUCUUCCACUCUUUGAUUCAAAACGCCGGUUGAUACAGAAAGUUCCAGUCGUUCAUUUAAACUUCACCACGGUCCGUGUAGUCAUGUCUUUCUGCUCGUUCUCCGGAGCGGAGUUUUAUAAAGAUCAUUUUGAGACUGGCAUGUAUGUUUGUGCUGAAUGUGGAAAUGAGCUGUUCUCCAGCAGAACCAAAUACGAGCAUUCAUCACCCUGGCCAGCCUUCACAGAAACCAUCCAUGAAAACAGUGUGUCUAAACAUGAGGAGAGACGGGGAGCUUACAAGGUUAAAUGUGGUAAGUGUGGAAAUGGUCUUGGCCAUGAGUUUGUGAAUGACGGACCCAAGCGUGGCCUCUCACGCUUCUGAAUAUUCAGCAGCUCUCUGAAGUUCGUUCCUAAAGGUAUACACUUUUACAACAAGCAAUACAAUCAAGAAUGAACAGCAGUAGAGCCAGAUGGUUGGAUAAGCAUGUGAGGAUGUUUCAGUAAGAGCAUAUGGAGAAGCUUGGAUGUGUUUACCAUGUGGAUGGUGAAUGAAACGCUCUGAUGAAAAGCCCACAGAGGAACCUUCAGAGUGAUGAUGUGUAAAACAGCCUCAUGGGAAACAUGAAGAAGCUUACUCCGAAUAACUGCUACUACCAAUCCGUACGCACAACUAUGCAAGAUCAAGUCUGUUGUAAUAUGCACAAUAUACACUACCAUUCACAUUUUUUAAAAUGUUUUAAAUAAAGUCUCUUCUGCAAUAAAAGUUUUCAAAAUAAUAAUACUAAAAUAAAAAUCAUUUUGCCUGUUAUAGAUCACUAGUUACAUUUUAAAGUGUUAGUCUUUUGGUUACUUGAUAACAAGGAUCCUAAAUGCUGAUUUAAUCAUUUCUGCAGCCUCACUUGGUCAUGUGGAGAUCAUCUUUUAGAUGUUGUUUAGCACAAGGGUGUCCAAACCUGCUCCUGGAGGGCCACUGUCCUGCAGAGUUUAGCUCUAACUUGCCUCAACACGCCUGGAAGUUUCUAGUAUGCCUAGUAAGACCUUGAUAAGCUGGUUCAGGUGUGUUUAAGUAGGGUUGAAGCUAAACUGCAGGACAGUGGCCCUCCAGGAGCAGGACUGGACACCCCUGCUUUAGCACAUUUAUCACUUGAAAUAAUUGAUGUAUUUACGUGUUUAGAACAAUGCCAAAAGAUCAAUUUUGGAAACAAUUUCUGCUGUUUCUGAAUAUCACUGUUUGUGUGCUCACUACAGAGAUUUCAAUCAUUAAACUUUGAUUGAUUGUUAAA